UAAGCCAAUUGCAGCUCAUCCCAAAUUCCUUCAACUCCUCUAUUGCUUCACUCUAGAAAAUUAAUUAACACAUCAUUAUAUUCAGUGAACAACAGCUGACAAUGGAGAGAGCAUCAAAACUUGUGCUUGUCACAAUACUAGUACUGCUUCUUGCUGAAGCACAUAUCUCAUUUGCUGCCACGUGUAGUCCAGUUCAGUUGAGUCCUUGCCUAGGUGCUAUCAGAUCAUCAACACCACCAUCUAAACUCUGCUGCAGCAAAAUCAAGCAACAAAAGCCUUGCCUUUGCCAAUAUCUCAAGAAUCCAAAUCUAAAGAAGUAUGUUAACUCUCCUGCUGCCAAGAAAGUUGCUCGUACUUGUGGAGUUCCAUACCCCAGGUGUUAAAUUAAAACUACACUUCCUAUAUUGAUUAGGGAGUUAAACUUGACACUACUAUAGUUUAAGCCAACCUAUCAACAUUAUAUCUAUUUUCCUGCUUUGUUCUAAUUUUAGUACUCUCUGUCUGCACCUGUCGUAUACUAGGUGUUCUACUAUUUACAUGAAAUAAAAAUACGGAGUAGUAUUUAUCUCA